AUGUUGCACCAACCAAGACCCCUGAUCCACUUUCCUCAGCAAGCCGACCAUGGCCUUCGGGAAGUCACAGACCUCCUCGACAAGUCGGUCGCCAUAUGCCGCCGUGUGACAGCCUGGUCUGAGGCGAGGGCGUCACUGGAUUCCCCCGUCGCCAUCCUCCUCGACAAGCACACAAAGUGUUUGCAAGACGCCGUGUGCUCUCUCCAAACGAAGCUGCUGGACGCCAACCUGGGACCUGGAGACGAUGUGCCAGCCGACGUUGUGGCCCAGCUGCAGAUUGUAUGCACGCAACUCUUCAAGGUUCUCAACUUGGUCGGAAUGCACGCUCGCUACUCAGCGACCGGCCAGGAUGGGGGCUUGAAUGCUUUGUUUGCAUCCAAGUUCAUCGUGGGGAAUGAUUCAGGCGCUUGCUCGGCGUUUCCUUCGCUGGGGUCCGAUGUUGCUCAGCGAAUAGUGACGGACCUCCGAAGGCUGCUGGAAACGAUGGGAGUCGACCAAGCCCUAAGUAUCUCUCAAGACGAAGCUAUCCGUCCUCUGAAGAGGCAACGCAACGACAUCAAUGCCUUCUUCUCCGAGAUCGCCGCCCGGCUCGAUCCACGAUACGUCCAUACAUAUCAGAAUAUGGGAGACGUCCCAUACAAUCACAACAUCUCCUUGAGCAUAUCAAAAGGCAGUUUUGCCUCAGUUCGAAAGGUCAGGCACAAGGGCACCGGUGAAUUCUUGGCCAUGAAGACCUUUUUCAACGGGAGCGACAGGGUCCAGAUCCUCCGUGAGAUUGGCAUCCUCGAAGUGUGUGACCACCCAAACAUUCUGAAGCUAGUCGAGGCCUUCACCGUGGCGACCGAAGACGAGGAAGACACGAUAAGUAUCGUCAUGAGGCCCUGGGCUCCAUUUACACUCCAAAAGUUCCUGGAAUCGUCUGAAGAAGAGAGGAAAGCCCGAUGCCCCUGGUUCCAGCCUGGCUCGCCCCAAUCUAACUGGUGGAUCUACCGCAUCAUGCAGCAACUGGCCGAUGCUGUUGCAUACCUGCACGGCCUUUCCAUCAAGCACAAGGACAUUAAGCCAGAUAAUAUCCUUCUUCACAAGCCGGAAUCUACCCCACCCCGUGCUAUCGUUGCCGACGUUGGAGUCAGCAAGGUUCUGGUCCGCAACGGAUCUACCAAGUAUGACGAUUGCUCAUACCCUUAUCUGGCCCCGGAGCAAGUGAAAAAAAGGGAUAGCAGCCUCCGUGCAGACAUCUGGCAGCUCGGAUGCUGCUUCGCUCUGCUGCUGGCCGUGUCCAAGGCUGGAACGUCGGGGUACAGACAGCUCUGGAUGAGCUUCUCACGGUCGGGAGAGGAUUGCUCGUGUCAGAUUGCGGGUGAGCAUGGUAACUUUAUGAAGAGCUUCAGAGACAUCUACUCGCCUAGGUCUUGGGAAGACCAUGCAGCAUACCCGCUCGUGACCACCAUGUUGAACCCGGUUCACGAGACUCGCAUCGGUAUUAACGGUGUCCGUGCUUAUAUUGGGGGCCUACUCCGUACGGCACGAAGAGAUGGUGUUGGCGACGUAGUUAUGACUGAGUAUCGGUCAGGAAAGGGAUUAUUUGAGUGA